CUUCUAGCCAUAUAGAUCAUACAUGGCAUCGGGCCGGGGGACAACUUAAAUCUUCGAAGUGUGAUGAUGCAAACCUUGCGUUACAGUCACGAACCUUUGACCAAGAAAAGCAAACGGCGACCUAAAGUGUGUGAACAAAAAAUACUAGCGCAAACACAGCAGAAUAUUUCGAAUUAUUUUGCAAAGCUGCUUGAGAAAUAACAGAUCCUUAUCACAGUUGUUUUCUUCAAAAUCAGUGCGAAUCUUCUCAGUUGCAGUUCACCACACAUCCAUAACAAAAUGGCCGCCCCGGUUCCGGUGGAGCGGCUGUUCCCGCACCUCUACGAGUGGCUCGCGGCCAAACCCGGAGGCCAUAUUCUGAACGCGCCCGACGUCGGCUACCUGGAGGCCAAGCUGGGUCCGCGGCUCACGAAGCGGUUUGUGGACAAGAUGGCGAAGGACCAGCUGGAAAUGCUGGAGUGGUGCGAGAAAAAGUUGAAAAUGGAUCCGGCCUACAGGCAAGAGCCGGAUGCGACCGCGCAGGCGAAGAAGAUGCAGUCUUUGGGGAAUCAGAUGAAGAAGACGGAAGGGCUCUUUGCCCCCUUGCUGAACGGCACGAAGCGUCCGUGGGAAAGGUUCCAAGCGGACGGAAGGUAGCACUCUUGGUGUAGUCGUCGUGUAUGGGUUUUUAAUACCGUAGUUGCGCUUACAAAAAUUGUAGUCUGUCGUGAAAACGAGUGCUCUGACGCAGAAGCACUAUCCACCAUGAAAACAAAUAUAACACACAUUCAUAGUAGUUGCGCUGCGCUUGCAUGAAGUAGUUGUUGUGAGUAGUAUUUUGUCCUCACCACAGGCCCCCCUUAGUGGAGGACUUCGAACCGAACGAUCGCGAGACGGUGCGGAAGGCGUACCAAGAAGCCGUCCUGUAUCACAAGGAAAAAUCCCCCCUUUCCAUAUCGAAAACGGAAUUUGUGAUGCUGUAUUUGAGUACACAAAUCGACUUGUAAUGCUAGAAAGCCAAGAGACGCAGCUGUGGCCUCGUUUGCAGGCAAUUUGUCAUGCUGUUUCCCACUUCCAGCUGCUUCGUGUCAUGCUGAAGAUGCAAGGCUUCCCCACGCCACCCAGCACUACAGUCCGCUCUUUUCCCUUCUAGCAUGACAAAGCUGAUUUGUGACCACAAAUCUGCAUCACAAAUUUCUAGUCUGAGUAUGGGGUGGGGGGAUUUUUCACUCUGAUAUCCUGCCCGCGACGUUCAUCCGGGAGGAAUGUUCGAAGGGGUACUAUUUAUGAAAUGUAAAAAUGUCUGGGUCUGGAAGAAUGCAACUUGUCAUGCUAAAUCUGAAGCAUGUAAAAAUCUGUGUUGCAGUCCCGACCCAAGUGGGAGGCGCUUAGGGUGAACUAUGUAUGUAGCGCUUAGGGCCCUUCCGUACGGCCAAUUUGUAUGUCCCGCAACGGGGUUCGCCUAAGUCGAUCAUUUGUAUGCAAGGCGUUGGGUUACCCGGUCGGCAGAGCCGAUCCACAACGAACGAAUGACUACCAAAAGUCGUCCAGUUUUGACCAAGUCGGCAGGGAGUUUCUCAUGCAGGAUAGGCAUGAGAGAGAUCGCACAGAAUCUGUCAUGCUAGGUCCUGCAUUCCAGACCUCAUCGGUCAUGGAAAAUCUGCAUGACAAAUCGCGCGUUCUUCCAGACCCAGAUGACAUUUUUACACUUGAUACUACUACGGCGUGUACAAGAUCAUCGACCCAGUCACGGACACGGCCCUCGACGGACGCGACGAGUACAAGCAGUUCUACUGCUGGCUGUGCCGCAAGCGCUACAGCCUCGAUGGCGGCGAACUGGAGCAGCACCUGAACAGCAAGGACCACCGGCGGAAGUGCGACGGCAUGAAGGCGGACCCCAGUUGGAUGAAGGACUACGUCGGGUAUUUUAAAGCGGGCCGGGAACUUUUGUUCACCACGAACGGAGAGGAGUGCAGGGUCGGGGUCGAGGCUCCUGGGCCAGUUGAAGAAGAAAUGGAGAUGGACAGGUAGUAUGAAGUACGUGGCUUCUACUUCUUUGCGGAGGUCGUAGUUGUAGUUGUUGUGCAUAGCAAAGUGUUGUUGUCUUGUUUUGCGUGCAUGACAAAAAACCACGAAUUCUUCAAUUUACCUCUCACAGUCCGAGUCCGGUCCAAGUCCACCCGGGGAAAAGUACUUCCUCUACUACCCGCGGCCCACCAAAACGCGCCGAGGAAGCGGGGUCCGGGUCCAGGGGCUCCUGGGAGGAAAUGAUGACGCCCAAAACGACCGUGAUGCACGAGGAGGAUGAGGUGGAAACUGACGCACGGUACUUGGUUCCCAUGCCAACAACUACAAACAAGCAGGACCAAAACGACGGAGACCACAAGAAGACGCUGUCCAACAAGAAAUCCGAGGCAAGCAGCUCGAACUUCCAAACCACUCCGAGCGACAACUAUGCGGAGGAGGACAGCAGAGACAGGUCCUCCUCGUCCGCGACGAACAAAGGCAAAGGGAAAAGCAAGGAAGAGAUGAUUUUCGCGAUGAUGAAGGCAAAAGGUAAGGGUGGUAAGUUCGAACAAGGAAAAAAAGGUGGCGAAGAUAAUGAAGAAGACCACCGAAGCGACGGGGAGAACAACAACAAGUCGUACAAGGGAAAAAAAGCGAUGUUCUCCGGCGCCGGCGGGGGCAAAAAAGGCGACGGCGACACCGACGAUGAAAAAUGCCGGUACAACUACGGGAAGCAGGGAAAAGUAGUAGAUGAAGCUGAUGAGCAUAAGGGGAUGAAAAAAGGGGUAACAACAUCUUCAAGGCGCUAUUCCGACGAUUCUUCCGACGCCGGGUAUGACUACAAAGGGGCGAAGCUGAAAGGGAAGGGGAAAGGCGGGGAGAACUACACGGCUGCAGACUUGACGUCAGAAAGAAUUUCCGAUGCACCACCAGCGGCGGAAGAGGAACAGCAAAACCGUGGGCGCAGCAAUUACCUCCACUCGGAGUCGGAGCGGAAGUUCGACGAGCGACCCGAAGAGCACCACGACAUCAGCGAGGUCCGGAAAGGCGACUGGGAAUGGCAGAAAGCGACGACGUACGACACCAAUUACUACUACCACAAGGGCAAGGACGCGUGGAGCAGGCGGUUGGCGAAUGGCGGCAAGAACGGUUACACGCCCGGCGACAUCGAGAACGCGAUGGAGACCAAGGGGCAGGAGAACUGCUUCCGGAUUUUCCUCCAGAAGGGGAAAUGGAAGCAUCACAUGGCGAUGGAGAGCGCUGGCGAACGCAGCAGGGCGGUCGAUGUGGAAGGAAAGUCCAAAGGGGGUGGAGGACCACCAGCAGAACUCCAAGGAGAAAGGCGCCCGAGUUCCUCGGCUGCGCCGGUAGAGGAGCCAGCGCGGGAGCAGACGCCAGUUACUUGCUCUCCACGAUCGGCCGCGCGGUUAGCAGUCGAAAGAGGAGUUGCGGACGCAGAACAGAUGUACUCGAACCCCUACCAGUAUGCAACAAAAAAAGAUUGUAGCUGUAAGUGUAAGUAUGCUUCUUGUACGGAACACCAUUACAUACAGGCAUGACAGAAAAAUAAACCUGUCAUGCGCAGAUAGUAAGUACGUAGAAACGCACUUGAAUGGGGAAGAUGAACCCUAUAAAUAAGCACGACCAGCAGCAUGCUGACGGACGCCAUGUCAAUGAUCUUGCAUGUUGCGCACCACCAUCACAAAGUUAAAACUACCAUCUACUCUUUUUGUUGGAUAGCCAUCCGUUCGUCCCCAACCCGGCAAGGAACAUCACGAACCCGGGGGACCAGCUUGCAAGAGAGCAAGUCCCGGACUACUGCAUCUGCUGUGCUUUGGAUUUGGUGGAAGACGAUGGUAAUGGGCAGCAACUGGAGGAUGACCCGCGGCUGCCGACACUUGGUAGGAGCAAGGUAUCGAGUGACUUCUUGUUCUUAAUUGUUUCAAGCCAGCGGCGCAUGGCGAUCUUCACUCAUAUCCACUUACUUGAAAAGAAGCUACAUCAUCCCUUUUCCCACGCUCGCCUUCGUGGAAACGUGAUGCCGAUGAAAAUGCGCAGACGAGACUCAUUGUCUUCACUCCGGGAAUGGGAAGUAGACGUUUAUGUCCUUAGUGUCAACAUACCACUUGCGCAGUUUAUUCAAUUUUGAUAUAUACGAAAUAUGAAACAGAUUUCCAUUCCGUGCACGCCCGAGACGUUCAUCCAGCAAGUGCGGGCAGCACCGGAGAAGUUUCCGAGUGUGGGUCUGUUGGAUGACGAGUCCAUGGCGGGCAUUUCGCAGCUUUUCUGCAACGCCUAUGGCCACGGUUACGACUUCAUGAAGUUCUACAAGAAGUUGCUUCUCGCGAAGAUUCGAAAACGGAGCCGGGAGUUGGCGGAGCGGGAAGCCGGGGGAAAUUAGGUCGAGGGAAAAAGUCAUCAUUUUGCAGCAGGAGAAGUUCGCAGACCGAUAUUCAUAUUUCUUUGAAGAAGAAAAAAAAACCCGACGACCAAAGCGGAAAUGACCUUUUUUGAGCUCUACUGUGGCUGGCCAAUAUUAACGAACAGGAUUCUUAUUUUAUAUUAAGCGAAGAAAAUGUCCACACUGAAGAUGUGAAUUUGAAUGCUUCGACGGACUCAGGGCUCAAUAUUCAGUAAACUGGAUAACGAUGUUUCUUGCUUUCAGAAAAUGAACGGAUAGACCACGAGAAGCAGCAGCAGUUGGGCCGGUCUAUUACAAGGGUUGGAUAAAAUUUGCGAGCUACGAAUAGGCUGUGUG